UUUGACAUUUUGUGUUUUUGUUUUUCUUGUGUAGAAAAUUAGUGUUUCUUUGCAAACUUUUACCCAUUUUCUAGCACUAAAAUAACCGUGAAAACCCUCAAGUACAAUGUCGAUGAGACCAGAUGAUCAUCGUCGUAAGUGGGAUCGAGCGGAAUACGAAAGGCUCGCCCAGGAGAGGUUGCGGAGCAAGAAAACACCCAAAGGACACGAUGAGGAUGACGAUGAUGACGACGAUGAUGCAAAAGAAUCUGCCAAAAGAGAAUUGCUCAAGAGGCGUGACUACAAAGUGGAUUUGGAGGGAAAAUUGGGCAAGAGCGUGGUGAUAAGUAAGAGUACACCCUCCUCCCAGUCCGGAGGAUAUUACUGCAAUGUGUGCGAUUGCGUUGUCAAGGAUUCCAUCAACUUCCUUGAUCACAUUAAUGGUAAGAAGCACCAACGGAACCUCGGUAUGUCCAUGAAGGUGGAACGUAGCUCGUUGGAUCAAGUCAAGGAACGCUUCAAGGUGAACAAGAAGAAGAUGGAGGAGAAGAAAAAGGACUACGAACUAGAGAGUCGUCUUCGAGAGGCCAAAGAGGAGGAGGAGAAAUUGCGUGAGCAUAAGCGUGAGCGCAGAAAAGAGCGCAAACGGAAGGCAGAGGAGAGCAUUGAUGAUCUCGAUGAUGAUCCUGCCACAUCCGAUAUGGCUGCCAUUAUGGGCUUUGCUGGCUUUGGCGGCUCCAAAAAGAACCACUAAACAAUAAAAUAUGACGUCAAUUCCUGCCAUUUACAAACACAAAAAUACACCAUUACUCAAGGUAAGCAUGCAAUCCUAUGUCAAAAGUUUUGGAACACAUAAAUUAAACAUAAUACCAACUAUAUAAUAUAAAACAUUAAAAUAUAUUAUGGUAAUUUUAUCAAGCCCUCAUUUUCUCAAGCUCUACUACACGAUUUCUACAAAAACCUCGACUGAUUUUUCUUUAGUCACAGAAUACAAAAUUUUUGAUUGAUUUAGUCACUCCAAAUUAGUUUUCUCGAUUAAUUAAUUAGUUAUUUAACCGUAAAACACCGACAAUCUACAAAAAAAAGUCGUAUUAUUUUGACCGAAAAAAGAUUUAAGAAUAAAUUGGAGAUUUAAAGUACCUGAUUCAAUUUACAGUAUAAUCAGGAUUUUAGCAGAUUUCUGAGAAUAUAAGUUUAUAAUCAUAUUUUUCUAUCAAGUAUUCUAAGUACUUUAUCUAUUAGAUCAUCGUUAAAACUUAAAUUAGUUCUUGAAAAUAAUGAUAUUUAGUGAAACUCUUCAACUUUUGAUGCUUUUUUAGCAUUUUGAUGAGUAUAUUCUACACAUUGUGUUCUAAAUGGUUCUUUUGACAUGAGAUAGCAUAGAAGUCUUGAUAAAAUGAUACAGGCUAAAUAUAUUUGAAUAUUUAAUGAAAAAAACAAGAUACCGACCCAUUUUCUGCAACAAUUUUUCUCCCUCCUCCUCCAAAAGAUAAAAGAUAAUACAAAAAAAUGCCACACGCUUGAUAAUCCCUUUAAAAAACCCAUUUAUUGGUUUAGUGAUAAACUAAAUGUUUAGAGAGAGAGAGAUGAGAAAAUUGUAAUUUUUGCACAUUCUCUUGUUCAUUCAGGGCGUUGUUUAGGAGUAUGUGAAGGUAUUAUCCUUAAUUCUCCAAUUACGCGAGACCAGUUAUGAACAAAAGAUGGUGCAUUUGAAUGGAAAGAAAUGAAACCCCUUUUAGAAGGAACUUGUAUAGUUUUAAGCGUUUAAGGAGUUCCCUAUAAAGAGAUGCAUCCACUAUUAUAAUAAAAUGUCCUCACGUUGCAAUAAUCCAAAGUAGUUUCUCACAAAGUAAACUUUUUGUCCCCUCCGCCAAGGGAAAUAUACUGGGAUUGUGAAGGAACAAUAGUGGUACAACCUAUAUAACAUACAUAUAUUUUCAUGAAUAAUAUUGCCUCAUUAUUUUCGCAAUGAUGGUUCUUUUCUCAAAAGAAAAAAAAAUGCGUGUAUAUUUGAGAGUGUAUUAAGCUGUUCCCAUGAACUGUGAAUUUAAAUAUAUUGCAUACAAGAUAUAAA